AUGAUGAAGGUGAGAAAAAAAUCUUAUUGGCUUGUAAGAAAUAGCUGGGGUAAAUAUUGGGGAGAUGAUGGUUACUUUAAAGUUGAUAUGUAUGGACCAUCAAACUGUGAAAAUAAUUUCAUCCACAGUGUAGUAGUAUUUAAUGUUGAUUUACCUGUAAAUGAAAACUUCGAUAAAAAAGAGCAUGAUAUAUAUAAUUACUACUUGAAGAAUUCUCCAGAAUUCUAUCAAAACCUUUAUUAUAAAACAUUUAAUUCAAAUAAAGAGGAAACAUCUAUGAAUAACAAUUCUUAUGUUUAUGGUCAAGAUACACCACCACCACAAAAUCAACCAUCAGUAAGUGGAGCACAACAUCAGACAGAAUCAUCUGAUAGUGGAAGACAACAGACAACAUCAUCAGGUACUGGAGCACAACCAACAGGAUCAUCAUUAACUGAAACUCAAGGAGGAUCGCAAGUAAGUGGAGUUGUACAAGGACCAAGAUCAUCCUCACAAGGAGUGCAACAAGUAUCAGGGCCUUCAUCAAAAGAAGGAUCACCACCAGGAGCUGCAGAAACAAAAGGAACAGAAACUACAGUAUCAACUGCAGAAGGAUCAUCAGGAGUAUCAGCUCCUGCCAAGGAAGAUACAACCGCAGAAAAGAUCCAAAUAAUGCAUGUAUUGAAACAUAUAAAGAAUAGUACAGUUAAAAGAGGUUUAGUUAAAUAUGAUCAUGAAUUUGAAGUAGGAGAUAAUUCUUGUUCAAGAACUACUUCAAAAAAUCCAGAUAAUUAUGAAGAAUGUGUAAACAUUUGCAAAGAAAAGUGGUAUGAUUGUAGAGGAACACCUGUUCCUGGAUAUUGUUUAAGUGCUUUUGAUAAGAAAAAUGAAUGUGAUUUCUGUUAUGUAUAA